AUGGAGAUCUCCUCUGAGCAUGGCCAUAAUAUGGAGCAAGCAGAUAUUGAUAUUGAUAUCGAUCUUACUCCGGGAAAUAUGGACGAAGAUUACAUUCUUGAAGACGCUACAUCACAAAUCGAAUUGGGUACCGAAUUUCUCGCCCAGCCAUCUCCAGCAGCUCAUGAUGAUGUGAUGCGUGACGAUGAUAACGAAUCCUAUCACAUGGAAGACGCAGAGCUUUUGGAUGCGGGAGAAGAGCAUACCAUGGAGCAAGGAUCGAUGUCAGAUACGAUCGAUGGCGACGCAACCUACUUUGGUGCGGAUAAUCAAGAAGCUGAGCAGCAACGAUCCGAGCAGGUAGAACAAGCCACUGGCAUUCCGUACCAUGAGGAUAUCGUCCCAAGUGACGAUAAUCUUGGGCUCAGCUUUGAAGAGGAAGCCCCACAAGACGUUCUGGAGCACGAAGAUACCCAGUACCAUGAUCAAAACCCGCCCCAAGACUCUAACGAUCACCCAGAAUUCACAGCAGCCAAAGGAUCCCCUACACUUACCCCUAACUUGCAAGAUCCCACUCCGACAGCUCCAGCUGAGCCUAGAAGCCCGCCAGCAUCUGGACAAGACCCUCUUCUGAGUUCUCCUGAAGUUGCAAAUGAUCACAAGGAGCCCAUUCCCUGUUCGAAAUCACCCCGUGCAGACCAUAUUCGUUUCGAUGAAGCAAUAAAGAAUGGCGAUGGUUCCGAGGGUCUGGAUUUGCGAGUUAUUUACCGAGAGACCGAGUACAACAUGUUUCAAACCUCGGAUCUCGAUCAUCCGGACUCGUAUUUCAUUGCCGAUGUUGCUUACUUGAGGAGGCCUCUAAGUGAGCUCUUCAAGGCUAUCCGAGAGAUUAUCUGUGAAGAUCUCACAGAUGAGGAUGAGUUGUGUAUCGCCGUGGAGAGCCUGGGUCUUGAGACGGAAGAGGUCAGUUGUGAUCUUCUGACUUUGAAACCUCCACCACUAACAUCACCCGAACAGUCGUCUUAUCUGGCAGAGGAAUUUUACUUGGAAAAUAUCAUGAGCUUGUACGCGGCGCUCUUGCGUAAUGCUGGGGUCGAGCCAUCAGGUGAAAUCUGUUAUAUGCAAUUGAAAACAAGAAAGAGCUUCUCCGGCAGAUUCGCUGCUCUUACCGCAGGUGUUAUGGAAGGCAAAGGUCUAACCGAUUUUGCAUCCUUGGACGACCAGGCCAUAGCUCGCGAUGGUACCCAGGACAUAGGCGAGAGUAAUCAUGAGCUUGAGUCGACGCCGGAGGUUCAUCCUUCUGGCGAACCUGCCAAAGACUACAGAGCACAACAAGAGCCUGAGUUUGCUGAAAGCAGAACCUCGGAUCAACAUGCGACCGGCCAUGAGCCCGAAGAGUACAAUUUCGAAGACCUUCAAACGAACUACGACAACAACCAAGAGAGUGCCGUGACAACGGCGACCAGUAACAAUGUCGUCGCUGGCUGUGAGAGUGUCAAGCCUCAAUUACCCAAGAUUGCCACAGGUACCGAUGUUGACGAAGAUGGCGACUUGAUUGAUUAUUCGGAUGAUGAGGCUGAGGAAUCUGCAACUCCGAAAUCUGUCACUAACAAGACAUUAGCGAACGGUAAAUACACCGCUUCCAUUUCACCUUGUCUCAUGCCUCAGUUCUGUUUCUGUCCUCGGUGCUCGGAUCUGAUUCUUCUAGAACAUCAAAAGGUCGAUGAAAACCUCCGACAACGUUCGCUCUCCCGACCAGCGACUGGAGAUAAGCUCUCUGAGGAUCCCGCAGGCCCGGUCCCCUGUGGUGCUAACGAAACCGAGGAGGGAGCACGCCUUUCCGAGAACGGAGUUGAGUAUGAUCAGUUCAAUGAGGAAUGCGAGCAGCAGGAAACAUCUGAAGAAUAUGGCCUUGACGGUGACCAAGUCAACGAGAGGGAAAAGGAAUCGUAUCCUGACGAGAUUGGAUAUGAUCAGAGCAAUGGUGAAGGUUAUGAGUAUGAUGACGAAAAUGCAGAGCAUGAGUUGACGGCUGUUGACGGUGCUGCACACAAUGAUGAGGGCCACGAGCAUGAGCUUGCUGCAGAGGAAGGUAGAGGCCCUGAAGCAUCCGGUGGCGACGACUCGGGUCAUGAUGACGCUCCUGAGCAAGGUGCUAACGACGAGAGUGCCAUUGGCAACUUUGAUGACGUCGAACUUGACUUCGAGGAUAGAGAGUCAAGCAUUCAAGAUGAUCAUAAUCAUCUAGAAUAUAAGCUUGAGCAUCAUGAGGCAAGCGAGAUUAAAGAUUGUCAAGACAAGUCAAACAAAGAUGGCCUGGAUAUUGUUGAAACAACAGAUUCUAGUGUCACCAUGGGUGCCGAAACCGAACAGAUACAGUACGAAGAUGAGUUACUUGAUGAGGACUUCGAUGAACCAGACAGACACGAGAAAGCUAUUAUCGUUAAGGAAGGCCUGGCAACGCGGGAGGCUAUUGAGUACACGGACGAGAUUGGCUACGAGGAUGAUGAUGAGGAAGAGGUCAAGAAGUCACAGGGUUCCACGACUGCUGAGGACACACCACCAAACUCAAAUGAGUCUCCAAACGCAAAUGGAAAGCGACCCCUGGCAGACUUCGAAUCCAGUGACAUCCAAAACCCUCAAACUAAGGAUUUCAAACGUCCACGCCCCUGA